AUGUCCGGCCUCUCCUCCUUUGUGAAGACCUUCCUCAUCCCCCUCCUCGUCGCCGUCCUCCUGUACCUCUUCGUCUCCUUCGUGCUACUCCCCCUGCAUCGCCGCUACGUCCGCAAAUACCAGCACUACCUCCCGUUGCACGGCGCCGCCACCGACGCCGCUCUCCACAGCCUCUCCACCCACACGUCGCCGAGCUGGAUCCGCGCUCGCUUUUCCGGCCUCUGGUCGUCGCUUUCUGCCCGCCUGCCCUUCGCUCUGCCCUUCGCGGCCACCCCGCGCACCGCCUCCGCCACCGGGAUGGGGGCGUAUGACGACGAUGACGACGAUGACUUUGACAUCGAAGAUGGUGAGGGCGAGGGCAUGGUUGGGUUCGAGCCGAUGGAUCGCGAGAGGCGGCGUGAGGCGCUGGAGAGGCAGAGAGGCGCCGACGGUGCAAGCGAGCGCAGGUUGAGUCGAGAGCUGGAGGAAGGCUUUAGGGAUAGCAGCAGCGACAGCGAAGACGACGGUGUUGCUGCUGGGCGCCGCUUGGGAGCUAUGAUACACCGGUGA